AUGGCGCCCAAACCAGACGAACUCUCAACCAACCUCUCCAAACUCUCCAUCAAUACCUCCCUCGACACAUCCUCCUCAAAGUCAAAGAAGCCCAAGAAAGCCACCAGCCCCGUCGCCGACAGCUGGGAAGACGAAGUCGACAGCGACGACGGCUCCUCCUCCGAAAAAGAAAACCCCCCCACCACAGCCACAGAAAACCUCGACACUCCCAAACCCUCAGGCAGUGGCACCUCCGCCCCGCCACCAACCCCCCUCUCCCCCUUCGCAACGAAACCCUCUGCCAGCAACUUCCCCCUAACCUGCCCCAGCACCGGGCCAGGGGGCUUCACCCUCCCUCCUAUCGACCCCUGCUCCUCUGACUCAACCAAGCCUUCAUCUGGAGAGAGGAGACGCCCCGAAAAGACAGAUGCUGUCGCUAGAAGGAUGAUCGCCAGUGCACUGGGGAUGAAGGUACCUCGUAGGACAGAGGAGCAGAGGGCGUACGACCGGGCGUUAAUGGAGGCGGAGAAGAAGAGGAGGGAGGCUGAGAAGGAAGCACAGCGCAAGCGGGAGAAGGAGAUCGAGGAUGCGAGAAAGGCUAUUUGGGGGGAUGAUUAA